GCUGCAGCAUUCUUAUCGUUCAUGCCAGAGGGCAAAGGAGCUCCGUCAUGAAGUUCUUCUUUUCUCUGCUCCUCUCCCUGUUCCUGGUGGCCCGUGGAUCUUCAGCUGUCAUCACUGGGGCCUGUGAGAGGGACUCCCAGUGUGGAGGAGGGAUGUGUUGCGCAGUGUCUUUAUGGAUCCCCAGUCUGCGUAUGUGUAUGCCCAUGGGACGGGAAGGAGACGACUGUCAUCCUCUGAGCCACAAGGUUCCUUUCUUUGGGAAAAGACUUCAUCAUACGUGCCCCUGCCUGCCAAAUCUGUCAUGUGUCACCAUCGACAGGGGCAAGUCCAAAUGUCUGUCUCCGUACAAGUAUCCAGAAUACUUCCUCUGA